UUUUGUCUGCCUGAUGUGUGUGAGGUGAGAAGCAGCCACCUUUUAGAGCACUCGACAGUACUUCUUACCUCCACUCUUACACGUAGAUAGAUAUCUCUGGAUGGCUGCUGCUGCGCACUGCGUCAAAGUCGACCACUGCUCCAAUUCAGCUUGAUUUCUCUCCCAGUCCGCUCCCCCUUGUUCUCUUCCUUUCUCCGCUGCCGCUGCGGAGCCUGAGCACUGGCAAUCGAGCAGCACUGGAAUGAGAACUCGCCAGAAGAAAGUUAAGAUCAAAGAUCGCAGCGUUUCAGCACCGGCAAUAUAUAUGUUUGUGCAGCAAGCCACUGCGGCUUGAUUGCAUUGCCAGAUCUGCGACGAGUUUCCGAGAGCAAAGGCUCAAGAGCAGCAAGCAGGAUAUAUACAGCCUGCACGGCAAGAGAUCGAGCAGAGUCAAGGAAGGACAAAGCAGACAAAUGGGUACCUGGAAUUAAGGCGUAUUUCACUGCACACUUCCAUCCAUUUCAUCCAUAGAGGUAUAUGGUUGAUUAGCCUGCACAAUCAAAAGAAAGUUAGAAAGACAAAAAAAAAAAAAGGAAAAAAGAAAAAAGAAAAAAGGAGAGAAGAGAGAGAGGGAGGACAAGAAGAGAAGCAGGAGAAGAAGAAAGAGAAAAGAGUUAAUGGACUUGCUUCACCAAAACUCAUCUUCUCCUGGCCUCGGCAUUUGCAGCAGCCUUGGCGUCCUCUCCCCCGAUAACAGGAUGCCAUCCAGCUACAACAGCAGCGGUACAAGCUCCGGUCCACUCUCUCCGAAUCUUUCCUCGAUGAAGCAAUGCAGAUCCAGCUCCGAUGUCGAAGUCGACGCCCGGGACGAUGGCGGCCCGCUCAAGCUGGCCCGCAAGGACUCCUUCUCAUACUCGAGGCCUUCAGCAGCGGAACAGCACCAGCAGCACCAGCACUCCCAGCAGCAGCAGCAGCAGCACGUUGGCAAGCUCAACAUGAACUCUGGUGGCGGAGGUGGUGCUCCUGCUGCUGCUGCUGCUGCAAAUAAUAAUAAUGGACCAGCUGGAAGCCACUCGUUUUCAGGAGAUAAUGGUGGCAGCCGUAUCGCCUGCUCUCCCACAAACUCUUGCUUGUCCGAUGGAGUACUCGUCGCAAGUGACGCUGCUGCUGCUGCCAAUCUCAUGGGAGGAGACACCCGGAUGCUGAGGAGCGAUGCAAUGGCCAGCCCCGGCUCCAGUUACAAUCUCGCUGCUGCCAACUCCAACAUGAGGCCUUUCUCGUAUCAAUCGUAUCAGUAUCCUGGAGCUUCCGGCUCGCCGCUCAUGUUGGCUGCUGCAGCUGCCGCUAGAGGAGACCACCUAGGAAUGCAGAGCGCAAUGAGCAUGCGCGGUCCUUUCACUGCGAACCAGUGGGCCGAGCUAGAACACCAGGCGCUGAUUUUCAAGUACAUGAUGGCUGGUGCGAGCGUGCCCCCCGAGCUGCUCAAUCCAAUCAGGCGCAGCGUUGCAUUGAAUAAUCUCGCGUCUUCGCAUCCGUCGCUAAGAAGUGAGUGCCUGCUGCCUUUCUCCCUUCACUUCACUGCUCGACUGCCUCCUCGCCGUUCUCAGCACCUUGCACCACUGGCAACUCUAAAGAUCUCCUUGCUUUCCUGUGCAGUGGGCUGGGGAAACUUUCACCUUGGAAUUCCGAACAAUCCCGACCCGGAGCCUGGUCGGUGCCGACGAACAGACGGCAAGAAGUGGAGGUGCUCCAGGGAAGUCGUCCCGGACCAAAAGUACUGCGAUCGUCAUAUGCACCGGGGCCGUAACAGGUCCAAGAAGAACGCCGAGAACCAGGCAGCAGCAGCAGCCGCGGCGGCGGCGGCGAAUUCCCAGUCGGCGGCAGCUGCUGCCGCAGGUGGAAACACCACCACCCAGUCAGCGACCAACGUCGGCGGUGUCGUCCAAAGCUCGGGCUUGAAUCAGAUCCACAGCAGCUUGCGGCCCCCUCUGGGCAUGAACGGACAGAAUCAUCACCAGCAUCCGUCGGUCGGAGCAGCAGCGGCAGCAGCAGCUUCCCCUUUCAACUCGGGCACCCCCACCAAGUCCAACUUCAGUUCCCUCCCUACGGGCAUUCCCAGCGGGAACAACUCUGGCAGCUCCCUGCAGUUCCCAAUGCAGUCUCUCUCUGGUGCAUCUCCUGGAGGGAACAAAGACUACAGGUACAUGAGUGGAAUGAGUAAGCCAGAGCUGGGAUUGGGACCUGAGCAGCUGCUAUUCUCAGAUUCCCCACUUUCUUCCGUGCAUCACCAAUGGCAGCAAAACUUCCAGAGUAAAUUCCCACGACUAAGCAGCAGCAGCAGCAACAACAGCCCCAGUUCACCUCUGUACCCCCAGCACCAGCACCACCACCACCACCACCACCACCAGCAGGAACUUAGAUCACUGUCAGGCCAGCAGCAUUUUGAAAUGCCUGAAGCAAGCCAGAUUAACCACCUCUCACAACCUUUACUAGGCCCUGGGUACGGGGGAGGACCUACAGCAGCAGCAGCAGCAGCAGGACUGGAGCAUGUUGGGAGGGACUGCGAAGAACAGCCACUCCGCCACUUCUUUGACGACUGGCCCCGUCAGAGGGACCCCUCCACAAUCUCCUGGAAUGACAUAGAAGACGAUCAGAAACAGCACCAACACCAAAACCAACAGCGAGCAGCAACACCACCCACGGCAGUAACAGCACCAGGAGCAGGAGGAACCACAACAAUCCCAAGAACAACAUCCGCAACACAGCUCUCAAUCUCCUUACCAAUGUCAUCGUCGGACUUCCGCGUCGCCACCUCUCCACGAGGAAAGUUAUCGCUCUCCCCGCUCAAGCUCUCCAUGUCCAGGAGCGAGUUCGAGGAAGACCAGCUCGGUGGCGAUCCAACGAGAAUGGGACUCGGUGUUGGCCUCGGCGGUGGAAGCCGGCAGCAGCAGCAGCAGCAGCAGCAAACCUGGAUGCAAUCUUUAGAAGGUGGUCCACUAGCCGAGGUUCUCCAAUCCAGCACACCUCGCGAUCACUGCAAGAGCUCACCUGGACUUAACUUACUUGGCGAUGGCUGGGAGAGCAGCUCCAGGGAGACGUCCCGGAUGCCAUCUCCAACCGCGGUGCUCACCAAGACUCCCUUUGGAUCGUUCUCCGACAGCAGCAGCAAUGCCAGUAGCCCCCGCGCAGUUCAUGCAGAGGCGUUGCUCGGAAACGCUGGUUCCAAGCAACUCACCUCGUGAAAGAAAGAAGAAUGCGCGGAAGGAAUGACCGACCGAGCGAUCGCCCCUCUCCUGCUUGCUAAUCUCUCCUCGAUCUCACUGUUGUUUCUUCUUUUGACAUGUACCAGUACAAGAAAAACCAAAACAUUCAUUAUAA